AUGAUGUCUCCGGAGCAGCGUAUGGACGCUUUACGACAGGGUCUCUGCCACGUGAUUCUAGAGCAGCUCGCGGAAAUCCUGCGGGAUUGUUCGUCCGGGAACCUAGCAAACCGGGUGCUUCGAUUUCAAGCUCUCAUUCAUGACGGCGAGCAGGGGAUGCAGUGGCAAACCCCCUGCUCUCCCAUGAUCUCGAAAGUCUUAGACUUAUCAGUCAUCCUUUCACGGAGCGAAAAUAACAGACUGAAUGCGAGCAAUUCGGGAAAGGAAAACACCACCGAUCAGCCAACACUGUCCACCUUUGGCCCGCAUUACUUCCGAGCGCAAAGGACGCCAUCCCAAGGGCUGCCGCAAUCAUCACCCGAAAUUAGAGCUAAUGCUUCAUAUCAGAGACGGGGGGUCUCAACGCUGCGACCAGUCAGGAAAACCGCGCAAGUGAAAGAAGACCCCCCGGAAAGUCAGCGGUAUUUGCAGUUUAUCAACAGUUUCCCUAAACGCGUGAACUUUCAGACAGACAUUGUCUCCAUCCCACAGCAAUCCUCCAUCAACAAAUUCGUCUGGCAGCUCAUGGUAACGGCAGCAACGACAAACAUCAAUGAUGCUGGUAAGACUUACUUUCCUAAGCAGCUCGAAUUUAGCCAGCUCCAGGCGUCUUCAGCAGAAGGUACGCUGAAUGAGGUUGAGAUCGAGGGGAUUUUCAACCGCGGCAACGUCUUUUGCCGGAAAAUCACGGAAAUCGGCCGCGCGUACCGCCUGAUCGAGGUUAUUGUCCAAGCACGGUGGAUCGAGCACUUUGACUUGUUCGUCGAGCUGCUUGCCAUCGCUAAACCCGACAUGUCCCGCGCCAAACGCCGCAAAGCGAGGCUCAUUCAGACAUGCAACGACUUUGGGUGGUCCGAGAAGGAGCUACGAAACAAGAUGGCCAUUUGGCGCGGCUACAAAGAUAUCAAGGAUGCGGGAGGCUGGGCAGCGCUUGUCUUUUCCGGCAGGGGACUCUACCGCUUCUGCAAAUACAGAGUUGCAUUUGACCCGAACAGUAUGCAGCGACUCCGGUGCGUCCGGCCGCAGAUGGAGGUCGCUGCCGAUACGCUGCACCCCACAUGGCGCCAUCUACUCAUGAUUGUUGGCGAACACGGUUCGGUUCCGGUUCCGCUCCGGUCCACAUAUCUCGAGUAUGACCCCUACUUCAGCUUUGAGCAGCUUGAACAUUCAGUCAUAGAUAUGAGCGCGUGGGGUACUGAUGACCCACGGUGGGUACCGCCAGUGAACGUCGUGGCUGGCGUCCAAGACAUACACACAUGUCAAUUGUGCGGGCGGGAACAGUCCGAAGACCCCGGGUCCAACUCCUGCUACUGCUUCCCGACGCUAUUUGGGUCCGGGAGCCGGAGCCCCUGCCCGGUGCAGGUGUUCCGGACCUUUGACGGACGCAACAAUGGCUUAAUGGCCCUCUGUCCGUUUGAGCGCGGCGCGGCGAUAGGAGAGUUUGUGGGUCUCAUCACGAGAGAUCUACAAAACAUAGAUGUCAUGGACAGCUCGACGGGCAUCCGGGCCUAUCAGAUCUGGCAGGGUCGGCAGGGAAACUUCACGAGGUUCAUCAAUCACAGUUGCCAGCCCAACGCGCGAUUUCAGCAGUUUGUGUGGAUGAGCACGCAGCGCAUUAUCCUAGUGAGUAAGGGCAUUGAGGCGGGGCACGAAGUCACGGUAAAGUAUUCUGAAACUACUGGAUUGGCUCGAACGAAGGAUGUCUCUACGGAGAGUCAUAUUGCCGGUACCAGAGUGCACCUCGACGGAGAGAAAUGA